AUGAUCACCACCACCACCCUCCUCCUCCCCCUCCUCCUGCUUGCCACCCCCCCGGCAACCCACGCCCGCCGACACCCCCUUCCUCGGCUACCCCUCCCCCUGGGCCUCACCCACCCCACCCAACCCUGGCACCGUCGGUUGAUGCGUCUGCGGGGGGAGGCUAUUGGCGCCGAGUUCAGGGGGAAGGGCAUCGAUGUUAUGCUGGGGCCGGCGUCAGGGCCGUUGGGGAGAGUGCCGCAGGGGGGGAGGAACUGGGAGGGAUUUGGUCCCGACCCCUAUCUCGCUGGCGUCGCCAUGGCCGAGUCCAUCCAGGGCAUCCAGAGCCGUGGUGUGGUGGCCUGCGCGAAGCACUACAUCCUCAACGAGCAGGAACACUACCGGGGAAGUAUCGACGUGCGGAUUGAUGACAAGACUAUGCACGAGCUCUACCUCUGGCCGUUUGCCGACGCUGUCAGGGCAGGCGUCGGCUCCGUCAUGUGCUCGUACAACAAGAUCAACGGGACGUAUUCGUGCGAGAAUGAGUGGACCACCAACUACCUGCUCAAGAACGAGCUGGGGUUUCAAGGGUUUGCACUCGGCGGCCUUGACAUGGCCAUGCCCGGUGACGGCGGCCCCAAACCCUACGGGGCACUAUGGGGGGGCGGCCUUACCGAAGCAGUCCUCAAGGGUGACAUACCCCAAUGGCGGCUUGAUGACAUGGUGGUCCGCAUCAUGGCGGCCUACUUCAAAGUCCACGCCGGCAACUACACCUCCCGCCCAGACAUCAACUUCUCCGCGUGGACCAACCAGACCACCGGCCCCUUACACCCCUCCUCCAACCAAUCCAUCACCACCGUCAACGAGUUCGUCGACGUCCAGGCCGACCACGCCGCCCUGAUCCGCGAAAUCGGCGCCAAAUCCAUCGUCCUCCUCAAAAACACCAACAACAUCCUCCCCCUCUCCGCACCCCCCAGCAUCGCCGUCAUCGGCGACGACGCCCAAGACCCCCCCAACGGCCCCAACGCCUGCCCCGACCGCGGCUGCUUCGGCGGGCCCGGCACCAUCGCCAUGGGCUAUGGCUCCGGCACCGCCGACUUCCCCUACCUCAUCUCCCCGGCCACCGCCCUCCUGCACCAAUCCCGCCUCACCAACACCACCUUCCACAACACCACCUCCAACUGGGACCUCCCCACCGCCCAAGCCCUCGCCUCCACCGCCCACACCGCCAUCGUCUUCGCCGCCGCCACCUCGGGCGAGAACUACCUCACCGUGGCCUCCAACGCCGGCGACCGCAACAACCUCACCCUCUGGGGCAACGGCGACGCGCUGAUCGCCGCCGUCGCCGCCGUCAACCGCCACACCAUCGUGGUGCUGCACACCCCGGGCCCCGUACUCCUCUCCUCCAUCGCCGACCACCCCAACGUCUCGGCCAUCCUGUGGGCGGGGUUCCCCGGGCAGGAGUCGGGCGCCGCGCUGGUGGAUGUGCUGUAUGGGCGGGUGGCGCCGCAGGGGCGGAGUCCGUUUACGUGGGCGACGGAGGAGGCGGAUUAUGGGGAGGGGUGGUUGUUACGGGAGGCGGGGGAUCCGAGGAGGGCGGUGCAGACGUUUGGGGAGGGCGUGUUUGUGGAUUAUAGGUGGUUUCAGAAGGGGGGGAGGGGCGUGGUGUAUCCGUUUGGGUUUGGGUUGGGGUAUACGAGGUUUGGGUAUGCGAAUUUGACGGUGGCGAGGAGGGAGGAGGUGGUGGGGCCGGUGUUGGGGGCGCCUGAGGGGGUGACGGGGCCGGCGCCGGUGUUUGGGGUUGUGGAGGAGGGGUUGGGGAAACAUGUGGCGCCGGAGGGGUUUGGGAGGAUAUCGCCGUAUGUGUAUUCGUGGUUGAAUAAUAGUGAAGAGUUUGUUGCUGGGGGGGCUGGGAAUGUUAGCGAUUUCCCGGCCCCGGCGAGGGAUGGUUCGGCCCAGCCUUUUCUGCCUGCUUCAGGGGCGCCGGGGGGAAACCCGGGGCUCUAUGAGGUUUUGUAUACGAUUACUGCGCGUAUUACAAACCAGGGCAAGGUGAAGGGGACUGAGAUACCUCAGCUGUUCGUCCAACUCGGUGGCGAAGACAACCCCUGGGGUAUUCUCCGCGGCUUUGACGAGGUUGAGCUUGAGCCGGGAGAGACCAAGACGGUCACGUUCAACCUGACGCGGAGGGAUGUCAGCAACUGGAACACGACCACGCAGAACUGGGAGAUCACCGACAGGGAGAAGGUUGUCUUUGUGGGCUCCAACGUACGGGAUAUCCACCUGAACUCGUCACUGCCAGCGCCGGUCGGGAUGACAUGGAAGCACGGCUGA